CGCCGUUGACUCGCGGGCCCGCCCAGGCCCCCGGGCAGCGAUGAGUUCGAAAUUCAUCAUCGAUAGCAUGCUACCCAAGUACCACCAGCAGUUCCACCACCAGCAGCUCUUCUCCUCGAACCCACCCGGCUCGGCGGUCCAGGGGUGCUCGGCGUCCGCCAGCCCCGCCUCGGCCUCGAGCCUCGAGUCGAGCCUCUCGGCGGCGGCCGUCGCGGCGGCCGCGGCCGCCAACUACGCCCAGCAGCAGCAGCACCACAGCUCCCCCAGCCCCACGGGCUCCAGCCCCCAGCACUCCGGCAGCUCGGCCUCCACCUCGCCGGCCGCCAGGAACGCCUCGGCGGCCUCCGCCGCCGCCGCCGCCGCCAUGUACCCCUACGUCUCGGCCGCCGCGGCCCACCACCACCACCAGCAGCAGCAGCAGGCCGUCGCCGCCGCCGCCUUCGGCGCCUCGCCCUCCAUGGUCCCCGGCUUCGGCUCCUCCGCCGCCGCCUCCAGCGCCGCCCUCGCCGCCGCCGCCGCCGUCGACGCCGCCACCGCCGCCGGCGACAAGUCCUGCCGCUACACCGCCAGCCUCGCCGCCGCCGGCAACGUCGCGCCCUCCGCCGGCGACCCCAUGGUCAACUACACCCUCGGCCACCACCACCAGAACGGCGCCGCGCCCGGCGGCCUCGUCUCCUCGGCCUCGGCCUCCUCGGCCGUCUCCGCCGCCUCCGCCUCCAUGGCCGCCGCCGCCCAGUUCUACCACCAGGCCGCCGCCGCCUCCGGCGUCGUCGACCCCCUCGCCUCCUGCCAGCAGCCCUCGGCCGGACAGCCCGGCAUCCCGGAGAUCCCCCGGUACCCCUGGAUGGCCAUUACCGAUUGGAUCAGCCCCUUCGAAAGGGUAGUAUGCGGGCCGAACGGCUGUCCGAGGCGAAGAGGGCGGCAAACCUACACGCGGUUCCAGACCCUGGAGCUGGAGAAGGAGUUCCACUACAACCACUACCUGACGAGAAGGCGGCGAAUAGAGAUCGCCCACGCGCUCUGCCUGACGGAGCGGCAGAUCAAGAUCUGGUUCCAGAAUCGGCGGAUGAAGCUGAAGAAGGAGCUGAGGGCGGUGAAGGAGAUCAACGAGCAGGCGCGCCGCGAGCGCGAGGAGCAGGAGAUGAUGAAGAAGCAGCAGGCCGAGAAGCAGGCCAAGAUGCAGCAGGAGCAGCAGAACGCCCUGCAGCACCAGCAGCAGCACGUGGCGGGCCUGGACAAGACGCAGAGCGACCUGCUGAAGGCGGUCAACAAGAUCCCCACAUAGGAGGUCUGGCGACCCGGAGAACGGUCCCGGGGCGCCCCCGGGACCCCGAGGUCCCCCGGGCGACCUCGAGCCCGAGCACGCACCAGUACUUAGACGGCCGGCGUCGCGACGCCUGCGGCCGACCUCGACUUCCGGACCCCCGACGCCCCUCGAGCCUCCCGGUCUUCCUCUCCGAGAGACGACCUCCACGACGACGACGAAGGCGGCGAUCUCGCCCCCGCGACCCCCCCUCGCUCGGCGACGCGUCGGCCAUGUUGGUUUUCCUUAAUGUUAUUGUAGAGAGAGUUUCUAAUGUGUUCACGUUGUAUCGUUACGUCCCUUUUUUAAUUAAUUUAAUUCGCGCCUCGGUUCGCGCGUUCCCGCUCGACAGGCUCCCCUCGCUCUCUUUCGCUUCCGUUGGGCCCCUCGCCGGCCGAUCGCUGCUUGCCUCGUUCCUCCUCCUCGACCUCGACCCCAAGGACCGCCGGCUGUACCCCCGGGGGGAUCCGGACCCCGCCGUCCAUGCCGUGAGGGGUGCCCCUCGCACCUGCCGCGGUCGUCGACGUCCUCGCGGCUCUUUUAGCCUCCGCCCCUCCGACCGCCGAGAGUUAUUCCGCCGUUUUCGAAUUUUUACGACUUAUCGGGCCGGAUCGCGCCGAAUCGCCGCCACCCCUGCAAGAUUUCACAACUCGGAGACCGCGACCCCGUGACUAGCUGGACCUAUGGUGGUCUCGACGCAGGCCAAACGUUUUUACUCGCGUCGUUAUAUGCCGAAGAGCUACGAAGAAGGACGUCGAAAUCGACUGCGACCGGCAUGGACCAGGAUCGACCCCGGGUGUCUCUCUCUCGAUGUUUUUUUUUUUCUUCAUUUUUUGACACCGUGCGCGUGGAGAGAGCGGAACGUCGAGAGGAAAUAUUCCCGGAAUGGCAGGAGAGAGAGAGAGAGAGAUCGAGUACACCUCCGCGAGUCCACCCGAAUCCAAGAUGGACGGCGAACGCAGCGCGCGCUUUUCCGCGACGGAAAACGCGAGACGCGCUCCUUUACCGGACGAGUAUCACACUCUUAGUACAUUAAAUACGUAAUUUGGUGUCAGGGUAGACCUUUCGUAGAUAUAGAGCCUGUUGUUGGUAUUCACCUUUACCUACGGUACUUCGAAACGCAAACACACACACAUGCUCGAGAGAGUAAGAGAGAGAGAGAUAGAGCGAGAGAAAGGUGAGAAAAAAAGAACACUAUCUUCGGAUUACGUAGGAUAUUAAUACGCUACACGAUUACUAUGCGCCGCAUUCACGCGGCCCGUUAACCUGGAAGCCCGUUGGAACGAAUUCGUCGUUAUUGGCGGUUAACCUGGAAAACCGGAAAAAAAUGUCUCCCUCGUCCGAAGAGAGAAAAAGAAAAUCACGGGCAAAAUUAAUCAACGCGGAGAGAAGCCGCGAAGGAAGGCGUCCUACGAGACGCACCUUGAAUAAUCUGAUUAAUAAUUUGAUUGAACAAUUUGACUUCCCACCUGGAUGAAAUUUCGCGGACGUUGAAUUUUUUCGAAAUUCCAUCGCGCGCGCGCGCGCGUUUAUUUAUUUCUUUUUAAUUUUCGAUUUGGACGUUGCGGCAUCCGGGCAACGGGUCGCCUAAGUACUAACUAUUACGUACAUAAAUCCUAGGGGUAUGCAAAUAUAUACAGUUCACCGAGCGCGUCGGUAACGAGACGUCCACUGGAAGGACGUCACGUGACCCGCCCGGAGAUAUACAAUUAAAAGUGAUAAGAUACGGUAACGAGAGCGCGAGGAAGAAAGGAGAGGCAGUCUCGACUGCUCUUGCCCUAGACAAUUAGGCCGAUAAGGAACAUUUUAGGAUAGGCGGCGUGAUAACUGCGAAUCUACGAUAAGGUGUACGUGAACGUACGCGAAGAGUCUAGAGGGGCGAUCUGCCAAGCUCGCCCUCGGAUACGUCCCGACCGAAGUUAGCGAAAAGUUAGGAGCUUCCGCCAUCUUGAGAAAACGGACAUGCCGUACUCGUUUACAUGGACGCAAUACCGGAAGUAGCCACAUUACCCUGCAGGGCGUGUAACGCGCGUUGAAAACGGCAGAGCGACCUUCUCGCUGCAGAAAAAUCCGGCAUCGAACUCUCCGAAUUGACCCCGUCAUUAUUUUGGGUUAACUUAUCAGUUUUCCCUGUAGCUCGGACUGAUUUCGCGUGCGAGCCCGCGACGUGUAAUUUGCUUUACAGGGUGGGAUCCAACGAGCUCUUUGAGCCGUUUAACGGAAGACUAGACAUGGUAAACGCGCGUACGUAUACAUAUAUAUAAAUAUAAAUUUAUAUAUAUAUAAAUUAAUGAAGAUAGGCAUAAUCGGUUCCGCGCUCCGCGUUAAAUUCUCGCCUAGGUAUUAUCACGAGCUAGUUCGUGCUUAGGAGGACCUUUCGAGUCUUCGAAAUAACGAAAAGCGUCAAAAAGUGUGAUCACGCCCUUUGUCCCACCAUGGCACAUGUAUACGGCAAGUUCGGAGAUGAUUGGAGAGCGAACCGACGAUUCGAGGUGAUACAUACGGAUCGCGAGAACACGAGGGAGGGAGAGAGAAAGAGAGUGACGGCGUAUUUGUAGAAAGCUUUAUAUAUCUCUAUUACGAACUAUUAUUGCUAGUUACGUUUGAUGUUAUGCCGUUAAUUAGUGACGCGUAGUAGUACUCCCCGAGUGGCGGCGCCGAUACGUCCGACAAGUAGAUACGUAAACGAGGAAAUGAUAAUGUAAUAAUUAAUUGACGAUUUGUACAGACGACAGGUGGCGUUAGUUUUUACUAAGUGUUAUCGCAUGGAAGAGAGAGACCCGAUUUUUUGUGGGAGACGACAGGUGUCAACGGGCGCGGCGUCCUUGUCGCGAUUUUUCCUUGAAACGCGAGAAACUGACGUUAUAAAUGGCGGGCGACGAUUUAUAUUUCUAAAACCCACUCCGAUCGAUUUCGAUAUGAUUGAAAAAGUCACGCGAGAAAGUGGGAGACGAGACGUCGACGCGUGUACGUUUUUAUUCCCGGUGGAUUUCGUUUCCUCUUUUAGCCAACUCGGUGUUUUAGGGAGGGUUUCGAAGGAAACGUCGCGACGCCCCCGGCGACUCUGGGCGUCUCCUAUUCGUCUCUCUAUGAUUAAUCUUAAACCUAGUGGCGCGUAAUCAUAUCACGUAACAUUCAUCGUAACAUUACUACCCCCGAACCCAGUGACCCUUCCCCAGUGCCCACUUAAUACUCGCACUAAACCUACCGAUAUACUUAUUAUACUUAUAAAUGAAUGUAUUAUAUCGAGGUGGCCACACCGACUAAGAUGUAGCGUAACGAUACUAUAGUAGUACAACUUGCCCGACUUGCCAAACUCGCGAGGGACGCUCUUCGAGUUCGACGCUCGACGCGAAGGAGAGGCUCGCGAACCACGUAGCGCGCGAAGACUUCUCUAAUCCGAAUUAAGGAACACUGUUGCAAGGAUCAGAGGGAAAGAAGGAAACGGAAGCAUGGGCAAAGGAGGGAAAACAGAGCGAGAUAUUGAGGGAAUGACUGCAGCGAGCGACCAUGUCGAUAGCCUGAUGAUUCACUGCAUGGGUACGGAGUGCAUGUAGGCAGAGUGUGUGCGUGUGUAUGUGUGAACAAGCGUAGCUGUCGAUGCGUACUAUAAUAAGUAAUUAAGCGAAUUAAAGUAAGCCUCGGCUAGGAGCGAGUACGACUAAUAUUAAAGGGCUGAUCGCAGCCGAAUCCGUCUCACGGAAGCACAGGAAUCAAGUUGAAAUUGUUUGUUAUAUUUUCUUUAUACCUAGAGAUAUCAUUGUUUAUUUAUGAACUGUUUAUUUUUCUGUGUAUUUUUUUUGUGUCGUAUGUUUGUUUUUGUUGAGAAGAACGAGAGACGCCGCGACGAGUCUUCCACGGAGUCGCGGCGCGCGGUGAGUCGAACGGCUGGAUUCUCGGAGGCCGCGGUUGGGGGCCCUGAAAAGAGGUCUCCAUUUUCCUCCGGCCCCCGCGAUUUUGGGCCCAUCGCCUGGUCCAUGAAUUCGUGAAUCCGCGAAUCCAUCGAGCACCCUCGUCCGACCUUUCUGGAAAGACUUACAGGGGCUCGAUGUUGACGCUUGACUCGCGCGCGCCGCGGCUCCUAGAGUCUCCGCCACCGGGAACGUAUUCGGAAUGCAUUUUUGAGAUCCAUCGAUACAGACGAGUAGACGGCCUGCUGCCGUUGACUUAACGACCGCGUCAAUUCGUUCUCUAGCGACUCGUCCACUCGCCGUGCCCGUAUUAAUUUCCCUUCGAGUUUUCUUCGGGGCGCAUCCAAUGCGCGCGCGACGCCGACAGCAACUAGGGGUGUUUGUUGAGUUUUCUAUUUUAUAUAUACAAAGACCGCACCGAUCGGUCGAUCUUCGGACCGGGAUCAAGCAAUCCUCUUAUUCGCGGUAAGUUUCGGGUGCGUAUUUCGUUGAAGGUCCGCGGGAAGGCCCUCGGGGCCCUUUCCUCUCGUCCGAGCGACGGGGACGCUUUUUCCGUUUCGGUGCUCCGGCACUUCGCGGCUGACUGUCGGUCCCGGUGUGCUCGGUGCACUUCUCUUCGAACGACUCGAAUUUAUCCUACGUGUUGUCUUGCUGUACCUACUAGAUGGAUGGACCGUGUAUUACUUCCUAAUUCUCUCAGUGUAAAUACCAAGAUUUUACGUACCAUUAACACGCCCCGCGAGCGCGGACCCCGCGGGCCCUCGGUUGCGGCAUACUUCCGCAACCGUCCCCGGAUUCCCCUCGCGAAUCCAUGGAUAUAUCCAAUUUAAUGUAACGCCGUAACCGUAAGAGCGCAUAGCUGUCCUACGAUACCUUUACCUACCACGUUAAGUAACGAAGUAACGGAGUAACGCCGAGGGCGGAGUCUCGCGUCUAGAUUAACGACUGCUGAAGGAUCAGUAUUACCAACCUGGAUAAGGCCGAGACGCGCGAGACGACGACGGAGGAAUAAUCCAUUGACAAUGAAUGUAAAUGUAUCCAUUUUCGAAACCUUGAUGUAGAAUUAUACUCGUAAGCUAUAUCUAUGAUAUACCUACAAACGAAAUA